GGUAGACAUAAUUUCCGCUGAUAACUGGGUUUGCUAAAAAUUUUGGGGAGUGUUUAUUUAUGAUUUUUACGAAAUUGCUUUGAGUUCCAAAAUGUGGAUUACAUUGCUGAUUGCUUCUGCACUCACAGGAGGUAAAGUGGAAUCUACGUCUCAAGUAUGUGACACAAAACUUUAUGACUGCCAUAACAUGUAUCCCGAGGCACCGAUGAAGGCUGCCGGGGAAGUCCCGGAUGAAGAGGAGCUCGAGACUGUUUGUCCGGAUCUAGUGAAGAUGGCAGAUUGUUUCGCAGAAUACAGAGAAGAAUGCAAGGAACUUUUUGAAGGACUUUUUCCUUUCUACGAUCGAGACGGAACACUGUAUAAAGAAAUUUGCAAUAAAACUUCCGUAUUACGCUCUAAGUACCUGACAAAUGUUGAUUGCUACAAGCGAAUAGAAAAUGCGAGCAUUUACAUGUUGUGCUACAAUGAAGCUAUUAGCGUUUAUGAACAGUAUGUUCUAUCUAAAGAGACCAGCGACCCUGAAGUUAUGUUCCGAAGGCCAUGCAUGCAAAUGCCUUACGUUCUGGGUUGUGUAGCAGCAGAAGUUCAAGCAUCCUGUGGUGACGAAGCCGCUGAAACCUUCGUCCAAGUAGAGAAACUCAAGGAUUCUACAGACUGGAUCAAAUACUGUCUUCACAAUUUGGAAUACAAAAACGAAAUUUACACCGAUUUCUUGCCUUCAAUACAAAUUGCUGAGAAUCUCAGAAGACAGAUUAAUAAAGUCCUCGAUGUCCUCAAAGAAGAAAUCACUGAAUGAGAGGACUCAAAGAUUACUUGAUAAAUGAAAUCGCAUUGUAUUUUAAUUAUCUAUUUCAUAAAUUCUAUUCUUUGAUAAAUAAAACUUCAUGUGACGUAAUUUUUUUACAUAUA